AUGCAGCCUGUUGCUCACCAGUCGGGAGGCGCGUCUGGAGAUCCGCUCCCGCCGUCCUUGCCGACGGAGGCAAUCGAAGAGAAGGCCAGCGUGUCUAGCUUGGGACCAUGGAAUCAUUUGGUUGCUGGCGCUACCGGCGGCAUGGUCACUGCUAUCGUUACGAGUCCUCUUGAUGUUCUCCGCACGCGGUUGCAAACCGAUUACUAUCAGACACAGGGCGUGAACCGCUCAAUUCCCACACACGCGCACGUUCGUCAGUCAUUCGUUCGGACUUCUAUCCGCCAUUUUCGCGAGACGUUCGGCAUUCUCUUCUCUAUCCAUCGUGUUGAAGGCUGGCGGGGUAUGUUCAAGGGUCUUGGACCCAGCUUGACGGGUGUCGUCCCGGCCAGUGCGGUGAAGUUCUACACAUACGGAAACUGCAAACGCCUGCUGCCGGAGAUCUUGGGUUGCGACAAGGAUACUACUCUGGUACAUGCCAUGUCCGCAGCAUGCGCUGGUAUCGCCACGGGCUCAGCUACCAACCCUAUUUGGGUGGUCAAAACUCGUCUUCAGUUGGAUAAGGCUGGUGCUCGCCGGUACAAGAACAGUCUUGAUUGUACCAAGCAGAUUCUGCAACAAGAGGGUCCCAAGGGUCUCUACAGAGGUCUGACGGCCAGCUACUUGGGCACAAUCGAAACAACACUGCAUCUGGCCAUGUAUGAGCGCAUCAAGGGACUUAUUUCCAAGGAGGUCAAUUUGGAUAAGAACUCGGAUUCGAACAAGUUUGUUCAGGGCCUUGCUCUGAGUGGAGCGUCGGGAUUGUCGAAGCUGUUUGCUUGCUUGAUCGCGUAUCCCCAUGAGGUUAUCCGUACUCGACUUCGACAGGCUCCGAUGGCGGACGGUCGCCAGAAGUAUACUAGUAUCCUCCAGUGUGCGCGGUUGAUCUUGAAGGAAGAGGGAGUGAUCGCGCUGUAUGGAGGAUUGACGGCACACCUUCUCCGCACGGUGCCGUCGGCAGCGAUCACCAUCGGGACAUACGAGCUGGUUCUCAAGGUCCUUGAGGGACGUUAA